GAUUGUAGACAUUCGCUCUGUGAUAUUCUUUCCUCUAAAGUGACAUACGAACAAUGACUUCUGUCAUUUUUUACAAUAACCUCAAUCGGUUUGUCAAAUAAAAUUGUAUAUACAACCCCGUUUGCUCUUUUUCUAAUUAAAAAUAAGGUACUUAUAAAAAUGGCUUCUGUAAUGGAAGUUGACGAGGAAGAAGUUGAAAUGGCUUCCUCCAGUAGUGGUAAGGGUGACAAAAAAAGGUUCGAAGUAAAGAAGUGGAAUGCUGUUGCGCUAUGGGCAUGGGACAUAGUGGUCGACAACUGCGCUAUUUGUCGUAACCAUAUCAUGGAUCUCUGCAUCGAGUGUCAGGCCAAUCAGGCAUCCGCUACUAGCGAGGAAUGCACAGUGGCCUGGGGUGUCUGCAAUCAUGCAUUCCACUUCCACUGCAUAUCACGCUGGCUCAAAACUCGACAAGUUUGUCCCUUGGAUAAUAGAGAGUGGGAAUUCCAAAAGUAUGGUCAUUAGAUGAAACACUUUGUUAUGUCGACUGGGAUGAAGAUGUUGUCACUACAAAAACAAUAUUGUCAUAGAUUCUCAACAAUAAAAGUUCUCAUAAAGAUUUUUUAA